AUGACAUCGAAACAAACACGAGUUGGUAUGGGCUUUGAUGCUCAUCGUUUCCUUCCAACAAAAAACGGCCCUUCGAACAAAAUUAUGCUCUGUGGAGUACCAGUUCCGUCAGAAUAUGAUGUGGAAGCUAAUUCAGAUGGUGAUGUCGGAAUUCAUGCACUCGUGGACGCUUUACUCGGUUCAAUAGCUGCAGGUGAUAUUGGUAUGCAUUUUACUCCAAAUGAUUCACAAUGGGCAAGAGCAAAAUCUGAAAUCUUUCUCAAACAUGCUUUAAAAAUGGUGCACGAGAAAGGUGGUGAAAUAGUUAAUAUAGAUAUCACUAUUAUCGGUGAAAGACCUCGUGUGUUUCCACAUCGAGAAAAUAUGCGUAAGAUGCUUAGUGAAUUAUUGGCAUUAGAUAUAGAUCGUGUCAGUGUCAAGGCGACUACAACGGAAAAAAUGGGUUUUACUGGAAGAAAAGAAGGCAUUGCUGCACAAGCAAUAGUUAGUGUCCUUGUGUGA